AUGGGACCAAAGAGCAAAACGAAGAAGACGGAUCUUCUAGAAACCCUCGGCGACUUCACCAGCAAAGACAAUUGGGACAAUUUCUUCACUAUCCGCCCCGACUCUUUCGAAUGGUACGCCGAAUGGUCUCACCUAAGGGACCCACUCAUCUCCCUCCUCCAAACCCUAACUCCUCCCUCCUCUCUUCCUCUCCUCGUCCCCGGCUGCGGCAACUCUCGCCUCUCCGAACACCUCUACGACGCCGGCUACACUUCCAUCACUAAUGUUGAUUUCUCCAAAGUCGUCAUCUCCAAUAUGCUCCGCAGCAACAUACGUUCCCGCCCUCUCAUGCGAUGGCGUGUCAUGGACAUGACUGCCAUGCAGUUUGAAGACGAGUCUUUCGCUGCUAUCAUUGAUAAAGGUGGAUUGGAUGCAUUGAUGGAGCCAGACCUUGGUCCUACUUUGGGAAAUCAGUAUCUCUCUGAGGUAAAGAGACUUUUAAAGCCUGGGGGAAAGUUUCUGUGCCUUACCUUGGCCGAAUCUCAUGUUCUCGAUAUACUAUUCUCCAAGUUUCGACUUGGGUGGAAAAUGAGUGUUGAUGCCAUACCUUCGAACCCUUCUAGCAAACCUAACCUUCAAACAUUUAUGGUGGUUGUGGAGAAGGAGCUGUCGACUACAGUACACCAGAUUACAUCGUUACUUCAUAAUACUUCACUUCAUUGUAAUUCAAAACAGGCUUUGGGACUUCGUGAGUCUCUUCAAAAUGAGAACCAAGUUCGUGAAAAAUUAUCCAGCUGUUCUAACAAAUUAUACUCCGUGGAAGAUGUUCAAGAGGAAUUGACAAAAAUUUCCCAAGGUCGGCGGUUGCAGCUGACAUUAGGUGGCCAAGGAUGCUCUGUUUUCUCUUAUAGAGCCGUAGUUCUUGAUGCUGAGGAACAGUCUGACCCAUUUACAUAUCACUGUGGGGUUUUCAUUGUGCCUAAGAUCCGUGCUCCUGAAUGGCUUUUCUUUUCUGAAGAAGGACAAUGGAUGGUGGUCAGAAGCUCUAAAGCAGCUCGUCUCAUAAUGGUUUUCUUGGACACCAGCCAUACUAAUGCCACCAUGGAUGAGAUUAAGAAGGACUUGUCUCCACUGGUUAAAGAAUUGGAACCUACUGAAAAUGAGAGUGGAGCUCAAAUACCUUUCUUGAUGGCAAGUGAUGGGAUCAAGAAGCGAAACAUUGUUCACCAGACCACAUCUCCAUUAACUGGAUCAAUUGUUGUUGAAGAUGUAGUUUAUGAAAAUGUUGAUAGUGAAGUCAGUUGUAUCUUUCCUUCUCAAGAGUUGAUGUUUCGACGCCUCGUAUUCGAAAGAGCUGCAAAUUUGGUUCAGUCUGAAGCUUUGCUAAAAGAUGAACAUUCUACAAAAUUGGUUGGUGAGACAGUAAAGAAGAAAGCCAACUCAUCCUCAUCUAAGAAAUGUGGGUCUGAAAGACAGAAUGAUGGAGCAUAUAACCAGUUGACUGUCUAUCACGGCUAUGUUGCCAGUUCUUAUCAUUCAGGGAUUGUUUCAGGAUUCACGUUAAUAUCCUCUUACAUGGAAAAUGUUGCAUCAAGUGGGAAAAUGGAAAGUAUUUCUAACUUUUAUUUGGGAAAAUUACAAAAGUUAUCUCUUGUAAAAGCUGUAAUCAUAGGUCUUGGAGCAGGUUUACUUCCUAUGUUUCUUCACAGCUGUAUCCCUGUUUUGGAAAUUGAGGCAGUAGAGUUAGACCCUGUAGUUGCUCAUAUUGCAAGGGAAUACUUCAGUUUUGUUGAGGAUAAACGGUUAAAGGUGCAUAUAGCUGAUGGGAUUCAAUUUAUUCGAGAGAGUACUAGUUCUGGAGCUGCUCAGUCUCGUAGUAAAAGUAAUAAUUCUAGCUAUACCGAGUCUCCUACAAAUGGUAGUUCAACUACUUCUCAUGCAGAAGAUGUAGAAGAUACAAAAGUUGAUAUAAUUAUUGUUGAUGCUGACUCUUCAGACUCAAGCUCUGGACUGGCAUGCCCCGCCCCAGAAUUUUUGGAUGAAUUUUUUCUUGAUACUGCAAAGGAUAAACUUUCAGACCAAGGUCUCUUUGUUGUCAAUUUGGUGUCGCGGUCCCAAGCCAUCAAGGACACGGCUCUCGAGAAAAUGGAAAAGGUCUUCAGCCACAUCUUUUGCCUCCAGUUUGAUGAGGAUGUAAAUGAAAUUCAUUUUGCUCUAAAAUCAGAGUCAUGUAUUGAGGAUGACGGUUUUUCCGAAGCAUCUCUCAAACUCGAGAAAUUGUUAAAGUUCAAUCACCCUGAGAUUGGUCAGAAGAUUAUCAAUGCUACAAAGAACAUCAGACGUUUGAAGUGA